AUGACAGCUGGCCACCUUACCGCACUCAGACCUGAAGAUGUGGUAACUUUAUAUACUGCCCAAGAUGCGGAGUAUUAUAAAACCUACCAAAACGCCCUUAUGAAAAAAAUGACAUGUCAGGAUACCGCCACAAAGAAAUACUUGCGUCCGUGGAAAUUCGAAAUAGUUCCCGGGUUUUUCAAACAAUCAGAACCUGAGACUGAUGCUUUCAAGUUUGACUACAUUGAAGAAGAUUUCGGUCUUAAUAAACCAUCAUGGACCAAGCUUGUAGAAGAACUACAGCAGCUCAAUUUAGAAUCAAAGGAUAAUGUUAGUUAUAAGUUGCUAUUUUUGGCACGUCACGGUCAAGGAUGGCACAAUUACGCCAUCGUUAAGUACGGACAAGAAGCUUGGGAUGAUAAGUGGUCAAGAAUGAAUGGCGAUGGCGAACUUGUGUGGGGACCAGAUCCUUUCUUGACUCCUUUAGGUAUUGAACAAGCUGAGGGUAACAAUUCCGCCUGGAAACAACAGCUCGCCAAGGGAGCGCCAAUUCCUAGUGCUUUCUAUUCUUCACCCUUCACCAGAUCUAUUGAGACUUUGAUCCACACUUGGGAUGGAGUUGUGGACUACACUGCCAUGAUUAAAGAAGAUGUCAGAGAAACUAUUGGGGAGCACACGUGUGACAAACGUUCCCCAAAAAGAGUGAUUCAAGAGAGAUUUGGCAACAAAGGAUUUGUAUUUGAGGAUGGUUUUGAAGAAGAGGAUAUUUAUUACCAGGAUGAUUAUAGAGAAACGUUAUGUGAACAAACAUUGAGAAUCAAUAAUUUCUUGAAUUUCUUGUUCGAAAAAGAUUGGCAAGCAGACAAGAAGGAUGUAUUUGUCAAUGUCACUAGUCAUUCAGGAACCAUCAGAAGCUUCAUAAUGGCAACAGGACAUAGAGAUUUUGCUAUUGGGACCGGUGGUAUGAUCCCAGUUGUGAUUAAAGCAACUAGAAGAACCGAUGAUUUGUAG